GGGGCCGGGCAGCAGUCGGUCUGUCGGUCUGUAGUACUUGUGAACUGCUGCGAACAGUCAGUCACAGUCGGAGUACUCGUAUGUCGCCGUGCUGUUCUUUGUAACUCUCUGGUCGUUAACGGGAACUCAGUUCGUGACCGUGGGUGUGAUGGAAGUGGACAAAAUGGACGAGAACGACUGGAGGUACCACGGAGAGGGGAACAAGAGCUUAGUGGUGUCACACGUACAGGUAAGGAUGCUAUGCUAACAUGAAGCUAAUUCAAGUUCAGUCAGGAGUGUAAAUGCUUUAGGGGGGCACCGGCCGCCUGCUUCUCAGUUUUUAACGGUCAGACCCGUCCAGUCGAGUCUGUACCGGAGGACAGUUCUGGUUUAGACAUGUUUAGGACUUUAAGGUGACAUGUCACCCACCAAGAUUUUAUUUAUCACCUCCACACUGAGCCAGUGUUUGCUAGCUUGGUGGGCUUGCUAACCAACAGCUAAGAGUUUGGUGAAGUCCUAUCAGUGAUCGAGAGUGUUACAAAGAGACCAAAACAGCACAGAUGGUUUUAUUAUCAAUAUAAAUGAAGGGUUAGUAACAGGACGGGAUAACUGUUAGUGUUGGGCUCCAGAUGUGUUGGGUCCUAACCGGCUGUUUGGGGGCUAAGUUAGCCGUUAGCAGCUCUCAGGGUUUUUAUCCAUCUGCUGGUUGAACAGAAACUCUUGACCGCCUCUCUGCCCAAUGAGGGUCAGACAGUCCGGCUUCUGAGGUCGUUUCCAUGCAGGUUAAUCCGUGCUGACAGACGCUGGACUGACCUGAGGACAGUGAUGCGUGCACUGAAUAACCUGUGGGAAAGCCUGACCACCUGAACCGGUGUGGAAAUGUUGAUAUGACGCAAUCCUUGACUUGGUAUGAGGGCUUGGCAUUAGAUCAUCAGGGGCUUGAAUCAUCCCAGCAGCUGUCAAACUUCACAGAACUUUUGAUUGUUUAUAAUCAAUACAGAACAGUAAUGACAGGACCGAUUCAGCUGGAGUGACGUGAUAAAAGUGGACGAGGAGUUCAUGGGAAAGUUCUGACAAGGAAAUCAACACAUUCGCAUAGUAAUACCAUAAAUUCUACUUUUAAAAGGCUCUUUCGUUUUUAGUUUUUGUUGACAACUGUUGUUUAUAUUAAUUAUUGAAGUUGUGAUGGAUGGUACCGGUGUGCUGGAGUGCAUUAUAUUAGGGGUUUUCCUAGGACUGGGCAAUAUAUCGAUACAUUUUUAAAUGAGAUAUAGAGUUGGACCAUAUCACAUAUAUCGACAUACAGAUAUCAGAUGCUGUGGUUGACAGGCUGGUGUUUCUCACACAAAAUCUUUAAACAAAGGACACACUUGUCUGUCCUCUAAUGUCUACCUCAAGACAGCACUAACCGUUUAUCAAAGUAAAAGAGGAAGAAGAGGGGGAAAUGUUUAAUGAGUGUAUAGUCUGUUAUAGCCUGAUCAUAGUCAUAGUCUUGUGCAGCUGGUUGAGACAGUUAAGAAGAUAAGAAGGACAGAUAGGUAGUUUUAAAAUGAUGUUUAAAAACAAUUUUCUUAAACGGAGCACUUUAUUUCGUUCUGUCGUUAGACAUGUAAAUACUGCCCUUACUAGGGUUUGUCAUAUUUAAUUCUUCUGUCGUGUUCGUUGUUUGCACCUGUGGAUUUGUUAGAGAGAAGAAGAAAAUCUGCUAUUUGAUUUUAAUAGGCCAUUUAUAGUUGUCAAAAUGUUGAUGCUUUUCUUAUAUAAAUACAUUUAUUUCAGAAAAAGAUUGGCCUAUUUUACUUUAUGGGCUGUUUUUAUUUAAGAUAUAUUUUUCAUUGAAAUGUGUACCUUAAGGAGCUCCAACAACAAAAAAAAGUACUCCUGAAAAGGUACUAAAUAGAACUACUUGUGACAUGUCAUAUUUGGCUUUGACUGUGACUAAACAUUUGCUCUCACUUUGAGAAAACAGUACCAGGAUAUGUAUCGUAUAUUGAUAUUCAGCCUAAAUAUAUCAGGAUAUGACUUUUGGUCCAUAUCGCCCAGCCCUAGGUUUUCCUAAUACUUCGUUCCUAUCGUGUUUGUGAAUAGAGUGGACAAAAUAUAUGGAACUCCUUUACCUAUAACCCACUUCACCACCACCAAUAACUAUGUUAAUUCCAAGUAUAAGGUGCAGUAAUCACUUGUCUGAUCAUGACAACAAAAACGGAAAUUUUAUAGCUCUCUGAGAGUAAAAUUUAAGGUAGUGCUGUCACAUUGAACUGCAUUAAAUUGGCCCAGGUGUUCCUAUUAUUAUGUCUGGUUGGUGUUUAUUGCUUCACAGGAACUUUGUGGUGAACCUGGUUUAAGUCACUGAGCAUAAUUGAUCAGUAACUCAUCUAUAUGCUCUUGGAAGCUGUUAGUUCUUUAAGUAUCAACAUUAGGGCACAGCUCCAACCUGCAAAAUCCACCAAUCAGCCACGGCAUCUUGAUUUUGACAGGUGAUGUGAAAAGCAUUGAUCAACUCCUUAAUAUGACAUGUGUCAUUAACAUUUGGUUCUCAAAGUUGACGUUGGCCAUGGUCGUCCAAAGCUCAGUGAGGCUGGUCCAACAGAAGAUCUGGUUCUGAUGGAGCAGUGUCAGAACACACACUGCUUCACAGUUUGUGCAUAUAGAGCUGCGUUCAUGUAGAUCUGUGCUCCUGAUGACGCUCGUCUAGUGCAGGAAGUGCUCACGUUGUGGAUAUGAGCACCUGAACUAGAUCACAGAGUCUGGAGAAAUAGCUUUAGGUUUCCUGAGAUCUCAGUCCAGCACCCAGGUCUACUGGGGUUCUCUUCACAACUUCCACCCUCCAUAAAGAAGUUGUGAAGCGGGCCUUGGUGACAUUAAGAAUCUGGUGCUGACAUGUUGGUGCCAGAUACCAAAGCACAACUUUAGAGGUUCGGUGGGGUCCGUGUCUGGUCAGAUCAGGGUUUAGACCCUGAGCUGACAAGAGGGGGACCUUCAUGACGUUAGACAGGAGGUCAAAAAGAUUCACUUGCAGAUCCCUUUGUCGCUCAGACAGAAUCAGCUCUUCUUAGCUGGACUUGCAUAACAGAUGUUUGAUGCUCUAAAACCUCAUGGUGAGGUGAAUUUCUUCUGAAUGAAACAUUUGUAAAGCCUUGUUAUGACCCAACCCUGACUCCAUGGCUCACUCACUUCCCACUCAACAGGUGUGGUUAUGUAAGAGGGGAAAACUGUGAAAACUGCAUGACAGAAAUAUCACAAAGAGAUUCUCAUGCUUCAAAUAACCUGAACACCUGUGAUUAGGAUGUGGUAAAGUUAGUUUUUUUGUGUGUAAUUACAAAAAUCACAUCCAUCUGUUUGCAUGCUCUUAAAUCCUUAAAUGCAUUAAAAUCUGUGUUUUUUGAAUUCAUCUAAAGGAAAAUUAAAAGGAAACUAAAUAUGUUUUUCCUUCUUCUUCUCGGUAAACUCUGGGGUUGUCGGAAAUCAUUUUUUAGAUUAAAGCAGCAGCUGAAAAGGGAGAGAAGAGCUGCAGGCUGUGAGAGGAGAUAAUUUCAUAUAUUGACAGUGAUUUAAUUAAAAGACGGACUAAAACUGACACAAAGUUGUACCUAGAAUAGAAGGUGACACAGAGUGGACCUUUAAUCCAUCCCUGUCCAAUUCCUGGAUGAAAUAAUCCGGCUCCAUCCUGUUAUCGCUUGUAAACCAGCUGCCGGAGCAGACAGCAUUCAAUGAAAAUAGAUGACGCACUAACAAGUACUUUGUCUGAAUGAAGAAGAGCCGCAGGUUCACCUUUGAAAAGUUAAUUAAUGUUGUUUUCAUCCUGCAGACUCCUAACACCAUGAGAGUCGAACAAACUCAGCUUCACCGCAGCCUGUGACUGAACAAGUAGAUGCUGAAUUACUGCACCACGUUAUUUUGAUCCGAACAAGGAGAAAGUUCACCCCAAACCAAAGCUGAUGUGACGCAGUGUCUCGGUUUUCUUGCGUAACCUGGUCGUCCCUCUAAAAGCUCCCAUGAUCGUGUCUGUCAACAUACUGCGGCAUGUAUGGAUUUCCUUUAUUCCCUCACAUCCACAUGCUGACGGAGUGUGAUUUGUGGCAGCGGUAAUAUCCAGUGCUUUGUGUUGGAAUGUGUUUUAAACAAUCAGAGACUCUUGUCCCAACUUGCACUAUGACGCAAAAGCUAACGAUGCUAGCUUGUGUGGAUAGCCCAUAAAUUCUUUUCUUAAUCCACCCAAACUUUCCAGAAUGGACUCUCUGUUCCGGUUGGAUUGUGGGAAAUCUGUAUCAGUGCAUCUCAGAGAUGUUUCUGGGCUGACUCCUGGUGUGGAUGACGCUCUGCUGAUCCUGAACGUCUCUUCUUUUCUCUUCCUUCAGCUCUCCAGAGUUUUACGCCUGCUCAAGUAUCCUGCAGAGGACUCUGAAAACCCCCCACAGGUAAAUAUAUGUCUGUAUGUGACACAGGUUUGUCUGGACCAAAAUACUGCUCAGUGGAAUGUGAACCUUUGCUUUCCCUCUUAGCCCUAACUCUCACCCGAGCAGAAAUGAAUAACAAGUCAGACCAGUAAAAUAAAAGAGUUCAAAAAAGACGUUAAAGUUAUUUUUCCAAGCAUCAGAAAUAACAUAAAUAAUAUAAAUAAUCGCAACAACAAUAAAGAGUACAGAUAGACAAUUAAAGACGAAUAAAAGCUCUAAAAAUAGCAGAAAAAUUUAAAUUGACCAGCAGUCUAUGGGAAGGAUGGAAGGUUUGAUUAUGAGUAAAUACGUCGGAUUAUAAGUUGCCAAAUGUCUCUGAAAAGAGCAUCACAACUCCUCCUCAGUUGUUGGUCAACCUGUCCUACUUCUGUACAACUUUGGACCCCGUGUCUCUUCAUCUUUCAAACUUUUCAUCCCCCUCACCGUGACGCUGAGUCACAGCUGGCUUUAGUCAUGAGGGACGCUCUUAACCUCACUGAGAUGUGGUGCAGUCUGCAGAAACAAACACCGACGAUCACUAAACUCUGAAUAUGAGACAAUCUCACACGAUAUCAGCAUGAUUAUCAGUUUUUACACGUUCCAUUUGUUUAUUUAUGUAAUCAGUAAGUGCUGAGACUCUGAACUACAGCUGGUUAUCAUUUGGAAACAUGACGAGGAAAAAAGACAAAUAUAAACAAACCACUGAGCGACAGAGUUUGAGAAAUGAUCCCGGGUCCAGACUCUGAUCCACAUACUCUCUCUGACAGGAAAACACCAUGAGCUGAAGAUCUGACUGAUCCCUCUGUUAUUUAUCUAAGUGAAUAAGCUGUUCAAAGAGCCAGCAGACUUAGACUAAAUAAAUAACACAGGAACAAUAGCUCUGAACUCUGAAGUCACAGGUUUUCACAUGCUGCUCCUGAAGGAGGUACACACGGUCGUUAAACUGGUUUUAUUCUACUCAGCUGCGAGCAGGACUGUGGGGCAUAAGGGUUCAGACUCAGAUUAACGUCUGUAAUCCUGAUAAUGUCUCUCAGACUGAUUAAUAUGAUGGAGAGCAGAAACAGACUCAGGAGGAACUCUAGGUGAUGUUUAGUGAGAGCUGCUCAGAGAGGCUGAAGACACACACAACAAAAAGCGGUUUUGACUUAAUAUCUUAGACGGUCACAUGGCUGCGCGGACCUCAUGCUGCACCUGGAGGCAGACUCAUGGAUGUUGGGCUGGUUGUAUCAUAAAUAGCUGAUUUUCUGCAGGGGAGUGAGAGUUUAAAGGGCCAGGAGUUUUCUCGAUAAUGUCACUCAGGUUGAUCAGUGAAGACGGAGAGGAGGAAUCAGAUGAAGGAUGACAUUUACCGGGUUCCUCAUGCUCUGGACCAAUCAGCCGGGACUCAGUCCAUGUGUGGUACCUGUGCGUGCUGCUCUUACAUCCUGGUCUGGUUAAACCCCGGCAGCUUCAGUCUCUGAUCCGUAUGCAAACAUUAUGUAAAGUGUUGCACAGCCUCAUCCCAAAAUUCCAAUUCACACAGAGCUGCUCGUCAGCUGACUUGAGGGUUGUUUACAGAGCUCCUGUUUGCAGACGCAGCAGGAUUAACAGGUGAUGAACUCCUCUAAACACAAACAAAGAUAAGACAAGUUUAAUGUUCAAACAGUUUGCACAUCAGAACAAAUACUGAGGACAUUCUACAAACCAGCAUUUCUUUGUUUUGUUAAGUAACAUGCAAGCAUGUAAACGAACGCCCAACAGGACAGCAUUUAUAACUGACUCUAAUUUGAAAUCCCUACAAAAACAGACGUAUAUGUCAGUAUGAAUUUGACAAGUUCUUUACUGACUGGUCUUUAUAUGAAUUCAUCACUUCUUAACCUGUUAGCAAUUACAAAAAAAUGUCGUCUAUCUUACUUCAGGAUCCCCCAGUUUUAACCAUAGACUGUAUAUAGAAUGGACACUGUCUGCCUCCUCGCUGGGUGAAGCCACCCUGAGAACAGCACCCUCUGGUGACGGGCUGCAGUAUAGGUCAUAAACCCAACCUCCUCCAGCAAUCCCUAUGGAGCUGUGGACAAAAUUUUUUUUAUACAGAAUAUAAAUGUUUCUCCCCCCUGGUUGUGAUGUUGACAUGUAGUUACUGUCAGACUGGUUUGUGCUCAGGUCCUCUUUGUUCUGUACAGCUCCAGUUUUAAAAGUUAUUAGGGGGUUCAUGUUUUCUAUGACUGACACCUGAUACAGCCUAUGGGCGUACAAAGAUUGCAUAGCUCACCCUUUGAGUGUCAUCACAGCGACUCUCCUGCCGAAUGCGUACAACGCUACUGCGCGGCGCUGGUUUCAGGAAAUGGAGAAAAAUCGCAAAAAUACCGAGAGCUUUUUGGCUUCAAAUCCGUAUACAGAGAUGUGGUCAGGUUGUCGUAGUUUGUAGGUUAUGUUGAAAGAUGGAUCAGUUCUUCCACCCUUCACAUUCACGAGUAAUUUGACCUUUUAAAUCUCUCAGUGUAGGGCUGGAUGAUUACGGCAAAAACAAUAAUCACAAUUAUUUUGACUGAAAUGAAAAUCACGAAUAAUAAACAUGAUUAUUCAUUGAUUUCAAAACUCGAGUAUUAAUUGAACCAACAAAACUUAACUUGAAAUAUAACUUCUAAGGACAGCCAGAAAUAAAUUAGUAACAAGUCAACAAGUAAAAAAAUAAAAAUAAGAAAAAUAGUCAAUUGAAAUAACAAUAGCAAUAAACACAGUAAAUAGAAAUAAUUACCAAAUCUAUAUGCACUCCUGCAAACCUUCAAGAUGCAAAGAAAAACACGAAUAAAAGCCAAAAAACUCUGAAGGUUUUUCAGAAACCUUUUUUAAAGGGACCUUUAUGUGUUGAGUGACUCAGGAAGGGCGCGGGGUGUGGGGGUGAACUAGUGUGAUCGCUGAUAACUUGUUAAUGCAAAUACUUGGCGAGUGCGUGCUGCGCAGUGAAAGCGCAGUGCAGCGCAGCGCCCAUGUGUGAGCGCAUAUACUGAUACACAUGAGUCUGAGGUGUGGCGGCUGUUAUUCAGCCGUGGCGGUGCGCCACGGUCAGUUGCACAAAGAGGAAACCCUGAAGUUGGUCGUGUUGCCUUGGGGAGCAGACACGACAGCGUGACAAACUUUGCAAACAAUUUCCUUUUGCUUGAUGUCUGUCAACUUGAAGCCAAAAUGUUUCCAGAUAACUGAAGUUGUCCUCCCUUUCUUCUCAACCCAAGACUUCCUUUCUGCCAUGUUUUUAAUCGAUCGCUCCUCAUAUUGUUGUUCCACACACAUCAUACGCUUACAGGGCAGCAUUCAAAGUGUUUUCCCAGCACAGGAAUCUAUAUACACACAUGAAUCAUUUUUCUGUAAUUAUAAUGUUUUUAUGAUCGUGAAAAGCCAAAAUCAGAAUCAUGAUUAAAAUUUGAUUAAUCCUCCAGCUCUAUCUCUGGUCUCUGGACCUGCUCAGGGUCAGGAAACUUGACCUCUGUAUCAUCCAAAAAGUCUUGAAAUAACAAUGUAAAGAGUUUAACCUCAAUGCUUCGCCUGCAGGCCUGUCUGUGUGACUGUUAAUGUCUGUGUUCGUCCCUCAGACUGUGGAGCAGGCCUUCAGGCAGAUCCAGAACAUCGUCGACUUCAGCUCCAACGUGAUGAGCAGCCUGCUGGGAGAAAACUUUAUCCACAGCGGGGUAAGAAGAAGACACUGCUGUGAUCAGUGUUCAACAUUCCUUUGAAUUUCUGCUGGAUGGUAUAAUUUUAAAAAGGGUAACCCACCAAAACCACCUGCUUCUCUAAUUGGUUGGGUGAUUGUGUUUGCUGCAGGAAAUCUACGAAAUCUUGGCGUGUGAAAUCGUAAAGAGGAAACUCUCUCACACACUAACCCGCAGACCUGUCUGACCGUUUCAGUUCAGGACAGAUUCGUCACACCAAGUCAUUGACAAAACAUAAUUCAUCUACCCUGCAACAACAAAAAAUGGUGAAAGGCAGCAGAAGUUGCAACACAACAGUUGUGUAUGUGUGUGACACACUAGUGGCACGUUAAUGCACUUAGGCGUGUCACUAGAUGAGGAAACACAACUGUCCUAUUGUCUGUUGAGAGGCACAGAUUUCAUAACUUUCAUGGGAAUGUUUGACGUUCUGAUUCACAUAUAUGGUGUCAGAGAGACUCGCUCUGUGGCUCAGCUGAGUCGUCUUUUGAUUUAGUUUUCUGAAAAUCCUUUAAUUAAAGGGAGUCAUGAAUUAUUCUUAAAAAAAUCUGUUUCUGUUUUUUAAGGUCAAUUUUCAAACGUAGUCGUUUUUAUUCACAUUUCACUCGCUGUCAGAGGUGGAUGGAAGAUCAGACUUUUUUCCUUCAGCAGUAACUCUUGAAAACAAAGAGCGUCACUGUUUGAAGUCUGGAGGGUUUUUAGCACAUGAACAGCAAACGUCUGAUCAGAUGCUGAUUAAAUUUAGAUGACGUUUUAAGCCGCAGGUUAAUGAAUGAAUUCAUUUUAAAUCCACGCCAGGUUUGAACACUAACAGCAGCUUUUAAUGAAAUGAACCCAAGUUUGUAUUAAUACUGUAUUAAGAAUGGACAGUUUUAAUUAUGUGACUCAUCUCUAUACAUGAACACUAAUGAGGACCUGGCAGAUGAACCGCUGUGCCCUACAUGAAGUAAAGGAUAUGUGGAGGUGGGCUCUGUUUUUUAACACUGGACUAAAUGACGGUUUUUGUUCUCCAUUCAGGAAGUGGUCAAACUGCCACUGGAGUUUGUUCGACAGCUGUCCAUCAAAGUUCAACAUCAGAGACCAGGUAAACUCAUUUAAAUCCUCUCUUGUGAAGAAAAACCACUUAUCUAUGGGGAUGUGAGGUUUUUAAAUUCAGGAAAUCAGGUUUUAUCUGUUUUCAUGUGGAUUAAGAUGAGAAGAAAGUCAAUCGUGUUUCUGUAGCUAAUAAGUGAGGCUGGGCUGAUAUCUGAUUCGCUGAUAUUUCAAAACUUAUUUUGACUGAUAUGGACAUUGAUACUAGGGCUGGGCGAUAUGGGAAAAAGUUGAUCACGAUAUAUUUUUUUCAUAUCACGAUAUAAAAAAUGAAAUUUAACAGUGCUUAUUGGUAGCAUGUCUUUUGCAAUACAAUAAACUUCUGCGUCUAUGAGGUCUUUGUGUCUCUUUGACGUUUUUUUGUAAGGCGUUGCACUACAGGAAGUGGACUGAAUGGUCGGCUGCUUCAGCUGCACAGGCUCCCUGCUCCACUCGGGGUUUGUAACCUUUUGCAUUGCGCGUGCUCUGCUGCGUGGCGCUGCAUCAGUGCUGUCGACUUCAUGUGUUAAAGUGCUUUGGUUGCGUGUAGCUGCAGCCUGCUACAGCGCAGUUGUUUGCUACUUGGUUAUCCCGUUAUCGUUUUAUCGCCCAGCCCUAAUUGAUAACCACCUUUAGUCCUUAUUAAAAAAAAAAAAAAAAAGAUUCUCUGACCUGUUACUCUUAUUGUUUGAAUCACUGACAUGUAUUUAGAAAUACCGACACUUGGUGAAUAAUAACAUGCAUCCCUAAAGUAAGUGUAAAGAUUGAAGCUUCUGUGAGUCCUCUGUGUAGAUUUCAAUAACUCUUCUGAACAAAAGCAGUUGUUCUCAUGUGAAGACGUGUUUUUCAAACACCAAGAAAAUCCCUGUUUUAUUUGAACCGUCAAAUGCAUCAACUCUGCAGAAGCUUUGUAAAAAAAGAAGAAGAGGCAGCAUGUCCCUUUGUCUGACAUGUAUCCCAGCAGAGGUUUCAGACUGAAAACUGACUGUAUAGAAACAUCAGUGAUACUCUUGUCUGUUUUCGUACGUCAUCAGGAGGCAUCAGUAUCAGUUUCAGCCGGUUUUAUAACCAGAUCAAAACUCCUCAUAGAGACUUGAACAAGGAGAGCGGUUUAGAGCAGCAGUGCAGCGCUUUGAUUUGAGGCUGUGUGAACAGAAAUGUGUUCACUGAUUUUAAAAUAUGACGGGAACAGCUCGCCUUGUUUCAUACGGAGGUCAAAUAAACAUAUGGGGCUCUGUAUUUAAGUUUGAGAGUUUGGAAAUGUUCUUCCUGUUGAUGGAAACGACAUAUCUAAUCAGACUGAAAGUUCAUUCAUUCACAACCAGAACUUGGCUGACCACAGCAGAGAGGCAGUGCAGGAGGAGGCAGAGCAAACCGCAGCCUCAUAGGUCAGAAUGAUAGAGACUGCAUGUUCACAGCACGUCUUCAAUACAGCAGAGCACGAGUAAAAGAAACACCCGCGUCUCCUAUAAUGGACAUGGACAGAAGUUAUACAGCAGCAGGACUUUGAGAAUAACUCUCGAGUUGGUUCACGUUUCCUUCAAGAAUACAGAAGUCUUAGAUGUUGUACAUUGACGCAUAGAGAAUCUGAAAGCAUAAACUUUAGGCUGUUUUUGUUGGUUAGCAAAAAGCAUCUGAGACUGAAACCAUGUGACCAUAAACCAUGAGAUUAUUUUUGACUGCAGAGCUCCAAAUUUAUGGAAACCAUGAACAAAAGACAUAUCUGCUGAACAAUGUCAAUCUAAAGCUGCAUCAAUAAGUCGAUCACAUGAUUCGUGAAACAAAAGGGAAUUUAACCUCAGCUCAGCUUUCAAUACAUUAUAACUUACUGUAUGAGAAUUUUAAAUCAGAAGUACCCAAACGAGUAAUCUGAGCUCUGGAGUAACGGAGGCUCUGUGACGAGUUUGUUCAGUCUUUUCUAGAGUCAUCUUAAAAACAUGAACAUGAAUAAAUCACAGUGAUGAAUUCAAGAGAAGCCUACGAUCAGAUUUAGUCCGAAUUAUAUAUGCAUGAGAAAUACAGUAUACACACACACACACACACACACACACACACACACACACACACACACACACACACACACACACACACACACACUAAAAUUCUUGUGUUUGUGUUUUAGCGUGGCGUUGUGAUAAGGUGAUGGACAUCUACAGCGGCUGUGCUCUCUGUCUGCCCAACCUAACGUCUCCGGUCCUCCACCAGCCCACACACACUCCUCCGCUCUGUAUCGAGAUCAAGGUACACUCACAGACACACAAACUCACAGACACACAAACUCACAGUCACAGUCACAGAGAAGGUGGAUCAAACUACAGUCGGCUCCGUCACUGUCUCAGUUUUUAUUCUCAUGUUGUCACAAAUUAAAAAAGUUCAAUCACAAAAAGCUGCUUCAGGUCCAGAGUUGUAUUCCUGUGAAUCACUCUCAUCCAGACAAACAGAGCUCAACAGUGAAUCACAUGAGUGUUACUCUCAGUGUGUGUGUGUGUGUGUGUGUGUGUGUUAAUCAGCUGAUGUUUUUGUGUCUUUGUCCUGUUUCAGCCUAAAUGUGGCUUCUUGCCGUCCUCCAAACACGUCAGCAAAGACAUCAAGACCAAAGUGUGCCGCUUCUGCAUGCACCAGCACUACAAGGUAACUGCACCUACACCGACUACAGCAUGACUGCAACCAGUACAGAACAGCUACAGCAACCGGGGAGGGACAAACUUCAGGAAGACAACAUGUACUUGAGCGUGUCCACUCUGAAUACAUCAUUCUUCCACCCACACUGAACGACACAGAAAUAGGAAUAGUUGGAAACUGACAGCUAGACUGUAGGGUUUCAGAUCGAAAAGGUUUUCUCUGAGUCAACAAAAACCAAACACUUUUACAUUCAGGUGAUUUGACACGACCUCUCUCUCUCUUUCUAUAGGUGGCCAACGGGAAGUGGAAGAGACGUAGUCUGUACUGUCCUCUAGACCUGUUCUCAGGGUGAGACUACUGCUUCUGUUUACCUAACUCGUAUGAGAAAGUGAUGCUCAUUUGUUUUCCUAUUCAAAAACGUGUUUAUGCUACACCCAUGAAAUGCAGAUUUUUUUUUCUGCAGCCAUAAUUAAAUCAUGAUAUUUUAAACGUAAAGACACUCUCUAACAAUCGUGUAAACGUGAGCUCAUUAUUGUUCCUGGAGCUCUGUCUGUUAUUUAUGUCCGAUCCAGUCUGUCUGCUGAUGUUAUUAUCUGAGACUGUUUGCAGGUGGACAUCAGAACAAACACCUCUCAGGACGCUGCAGUCUUUUAUACAAACACCACAGCCUCAAGUGUUCCUGGGAGGGCUUCUUUCUCUGUGCUGAUCCCACUCCACUCUGCAGAUUUGUCUGCUCCUAUUGAAGCUGCUCAUUGUUCUGCAGCUGAACAUGAUGUUCUGUGUGUUUUCUCUUGUGUUCAGGAACAGACAGAGAAUGCACUUUGCCAUCAGGCACCUCAUAGAAGAACCUCAGAACAACUUCAAGAUCUUUAAGGUAAGAGAAGUUACAGACUCGCUGUAUCAUGUGUGUAAUCAGCAGAGGUGGGGGCUUGACGACUCGACUCGAGACUCGAGACUCGACUUGGACUUAAGUCCCGUUUUUGACUUGCUUGAUGAAAUCAAGAAAUGACUUGGACUCGCUUGGGACUUGAUUGCUAAAGACUCGAGACUUGACUUGACUUGACUUGAGCCCAGUGACUUGAAAAGUCAAGUCAAGUCUUUUCAAGUCACUUAAUACCUUACAGCCCAAACCGUUUAAAAAGUGUCGCAUCAACUAAUAGUCACGAAUUACAGCCGAUGGUAACACCGUGUUGUGUUGCCAAGUCUGCUUAUUUCGCUUGUUUUUGGCUUGUUUCUGGAGGUCUGUUUCCUUAUUUCUCUCAUGAAACUUGGCAACACUGUCUCAAACUCUAGCCUCUCUCAUAACGACAACACUGGGAGGACUGAACAUAAAUCGCUCACUAGUAUUGCCCGCCUGUUUCCACGUGUUGCCUCGUGUCUCUUUUUUGUUUUGGAACAGUGAAUUAAAGUAUCAGUUUAAUGUUUAAUUGUAUCUUAGUCUUCCUUAUUUUUGUGCAUUGUCUAAGUUUCCAAUUAUUGAAGUUUAUCUGAUUAUUUUUUGUAUGACAUGUAAAAUAGUUUGGUUAAAGCUGCACUAUGUAACUUAACACAAACAAGAACCCUUGUUUAAUAAUAAAUGCAAACAGUGAAAAAUGCUCAUGAUUGAUGUAAAUCUUCACAUAUAACAAAUGGUUUAUGGCUUUGAUACGACUUGUUUUUGACUUGAAAGAAACGGUAAGGACUUGUUUGGGACUCGAAACAAAAAGUUCAGGACUUGGACUUGCCUCAGACUUAAGAGCAAAGACUUGAGACUCGACUUGGACUUGACUUGAGACUUGUCUGUGUUGACUUGGAUCAAAACAAAAGUCUGCAGAUCCUUGCGUCCUCUAAUACAGACUUCACUGUCUGAUGUGUGAAAUGAGGGACAGGGUCUCUAUUCUGAGCAGAAGUUCGUGACAAUAUUCAGCUGGAACGAACACUCAGAUAAAUCGCCCUGUGAUGUCAAAUCAGUGCGAUAGCCUCCAGAGAUUCCAGUUAUUUUAGCACAGGCUUCCACUUUGUGUCAUUAUUGUGGAAUUUUCUUGAAGUACAAAGACUCUAGUCAGUGUUAAAAACACCAGAACAUCCAAAGAUCCCAUCUUAGUGUCCCUGUCAGACUUCAGAGGCCUUAGAUGAGUUUUAGAUAAACUCAGUGAUGCUCUUCUGCACGAAUCAGAGAAGUUAAAUUCACUCUGAUUUGAAUCUCUGUUUUACAACUCAGUCAGAGGAUUUUCAAGGAUAAGUCAGAAUAAUUACAGUAUUUUUUUAUAUGUAUGUCUUCUGGAAAAAUAGAGCAAACAACUGAAAAUGUUGAAGACACCUCCAGUUGUUGCUCAGCCUCAGAUUUUCCUCACAGACUGAAAGUCACUUGAGCUGAUUUGGAGUAAAACUGCAGAUUUCUGUCAGGUUUUCAUAACUAAUCAGGUUAUCCUAAUGCUGACUCUGUGUGUGUGUGUGUGUGUGUGUUUCAGGGCGGUCAGUGUAUUUACAGCAGUAAGGAGGGCAGUGACGACUCCAUGGACCUGAACUCUCUGCUGCACCACCUCAGACCGUACUUCCAGUAUGGAAACAACAGAAUCAACAGUCACAUGACUAAUAAAGCCGUCCUCCAUGAUUUCAUCCAGGUAAGACCACCAACACGUCAAACGACUCUUUGUCAUAGACGUAAAACCGCUCAACAGAAACGAUUCAGAAAACACAGAUUUUAGUAGUGAGGCUGAUAACUGUCAUGAGGGAAACUGACGCCUGCCUGAUGUUUUGUAAUCAAUAUUAAACUAAAAAUACAGUCAAACUCAUUUAUAACUCAGCUGUCAUUUGAAUCAUGUCUUUAGUUUGAGCCUCUCUGCAGUUACUGGUCUCACGGCUUUAACUGGAUCAUUCAGACUCUAUAGAGAUGCUACUAUCAACCCGUCUACAAGGAGAAGAUAAUCCAGGUGUGAUCAGAUGCUCUGUUUUUCUGUAGGUCCUGGUAAACGCCCUGCUGAGUGGUGGAGGAGGAGACGGAGGGGUGGUGACAGACAGACGAGGGGAGGGGCGGAGCUUCUGUGAAGCCAGUCUGUUCAACAAAGAGAGGAUUCGUCACGGUCAGAACCUGCUGGAUGACCGGCUUGUUUUUACUCUUCUUCAGUUUUUUUCCUGAACUGCUCUUUGAGUCGUUUAUAUGAACCGCUGGAACCAAACGCAGCAGAUCUGCUCCUCCGUGUCGUGUUUAUUCUUUUUAGUUUCCUCUUUAUUUAUUUUCUUAAUUGAUUGAAUUUUCUUCAGCCAGAGUUACAAACUUUCACCACUUUGGUUUCACACGGCUGUGACAUCUGUUGGAUUCAGCCUCUCUGUCUGUCCUCUUUAACAAAGGUUUUUCUCAUGCUGCAGCCUCCUUCAGAAAUUCUUGAGGUUUGGACAAAGCAGCUGGAUGGUUUAUGUGAACACAAACAACAGGGCUGUAACAUCUGAGUCCGAUUAUGUAAAUGUGUGAAACUGAAAACCUUUAAAACCAGAAAUCUGACCUGUGAACAUGCUUCUCUUCUCUCCCUCUCUGUCUGUGUUUAGGCUCUCAGGGUUUACCCAGUGACAGCGUUUUAUCCAGGAUCCUUCACACUCAGAUGUUGGACACUUUGGACAUUGAGGGACUUCACCCUCUGUACCGUCGUGUGGAGCAGCACCUACAGGAGUUCCCCAAGGAGAGGUAAAACACAGCUGUAUGAGAGGGUGUGUUUAGGUACAUGAUCACUCCUAAUGGAGGUCAUGACUUCACCUUCUGUUUGUGUCUCUGUCAGAGCUCGGCUUCAGAUCGACGGGCCGUACAACGAGGCGUUCCUGGAGAAGCUGCAGAAAUGUCCGAAUGAGGACGAGAGCUCUGUGGAGUACGCUGUCGCAAAGGUCAGUCCAACUGUUUCCUGUCGAAAGCAGGAAGAUGCAGAACCAGCUGAGUUUUCCUAAAGGAACAUUUCUCCCAGUCUGAGCUGACUGUCUGCUGGAAAAGUAAAGGAGUAUGAAUCACUGAGCUGGAAAAUCUCCACCUCGACUGAAAGAAGAGAAAACUGUUUAUGAGGCUUCAGAGGAGAAGGUGAAAGAUUACAGCUUAGAUUUGUUUUGACUGCAGGUCCAUCAGUACCGUGUCUCCAUGACAGCCAAGGACUGCUCCAUCAUGGUUGCCCUGGUACCCAGCUGCGAGGAAGAGGAGGAUGAUGAAGGGUAAGCCUAAAGCUCUGAGAGGAGAUACAAAACAUCAAACUAAGUGAUGUUUGGAAGUCUUUGAAACAGAAAUAAACCCAAACACGUUCAACUUAUUUUCCUUCUGUGGGAACAGACUGUUCUGUAUCCUGUCACGGCCCGGCUCAAAGAUGGUGACACAACUGCAGACACAUGAGCUGGGGUUUACAAACCAUUGAUUUAAUAAGAGAAAAAGCCAGUAAAGUCAGCGUGACACAGAGCGACUGUGUGAGUGCUGCUCAGAGUAAACGUGUAAACGACUGAAACCAAAAUGCUCGCUACACCGCAGGAAGAGCUAAAGCAAAGAGUGGAGGGUCAGAGAGACUGAAUCAGGGGGGCAGGAGAUCUUUGCAGGAGACCCCCAACCAGGACACCCCCCAGUGACACUCACACUACCAGUCUUUGAAGAUGCAGUAUUCAUACUCGCACAUAACUCUUAAAACUGCUGAACUUUUUUAGGAUUAAGAUAAGAAUAAGAACAAGAAGAUCUUUAUUGAUCCCCAAAGGGAAAUCCAAUAUUAAAUUUAAUAUUCGAUCAGUUUCAUGUGAUUGAAAUCAUCAGGAUGUUUUUCCUGCCAGUAAAAUAUGAAAAAGUGAGAACAAAGUAAAUAUUUGGGAAAAUUCAACACCACCAAGCCAGUAGGGGUGAUGACAGAUCAUGUGACUGUUGCUGAAAGAGUGACUCACAACAGGAUGAGGAAAAACAUCUGGGGUUGAAGAAGGAGAACUGAGUUAAAGAGAACAGAGAAGACACGUUUGUCUCGACUGAUUUUAAAUAGUGUCGGACUCUGCUGAGGUUUCUGACGUUGUGUUGCACUGUAACUUCUACAGCCAGCUUUCCAUGUCGUACCCUGGCUACCGAGACUCAAUCCCCACCAAGAGAGACUUUACAGAGUAAAAAAAACGUGUGAAUGUGAAACUGCGGCAAAUUUCAGCCCCAAAGUUACUGAAAAUGAGUCUCUAUGGGAUUUAGACAUAAAUAAAAGAUGGGUUGAAUGUAGGGUUAUUUAUCACAAAGUUACUGAAACAUCUAUAACAGUUUUAGCUUCUUGAACGUACACUGAAUGAAUCUGUUUGAAUUCAAUGAAAACGGUAAAAAUAAUCUUUCAGUGCAGCUUCAACUUGACACUAAUUUAAAGGCAAGGACAGUUUUAACACUGUAGUACCUGAUCUAGUCCACUAGGGGGAGCUAGACUUCCAAUGGUAUGUCAAAAUGCAACAUACGUUUUUGUUGUCGGAGGGUUAUUUUCGGGUGUUUCUGAUGCCUGAAUGAGGGAACAGGGCAGUGGAUAGAGUUAGCAAAGGUAGUAGAGAGAGGAAUGAUGAUGUCUCUAUCUUCUCUUCCUUAGUCAGAGACGUCUCAGGGACUUCCUCUCCUCCAGACCUCCUGCUUUCUCCUACUCUGUCUCCAUCCUUGAUCUCGACCCCAAACCGUUCGACAGCAUCCCCCGUCAGCUGCGCCUGGACCAGAAGAUCGUCUCCUGCUACCUGAGGACUGGAGGGUCUUUACAGAGAGGCUCUCUGCCGCCGCUGCCCGGUAUCUUCUCAGCUGCGGAGAGGGAGGAGUGCACGCUGCUGUUCCAUCCUGUGUGAACGACGCUGAAGCCUCAAACAGAGAGGAGAGACGCCAUGUUUGAUACAGAGGUUUAAAAUCAUUUGAUAGGAGAGCUGUUUAUCCAAAACUCUACCACUGCACUUUCUCCUCACUCCACUCACGCUGACAGUCUUCAGCUCGGGCUGAUCGGCACAAUAAACAUCUCCAGGAAGUCGCUAUGUCAAUAUGAGGCGUGUUAGGGACUUACCAAUUUUUCUGUUACUGAAUUUUUUAGUUUUUGUGUCAACAUGGCGGUCAGCUCCUCGCUCCUGUCCGGGAGUAAAUCUCACCAUCAGCUCUCAGCUCUGUUAUGACUCAUAUUUAUUAGAAAACUCUCUCUGUUCUCUCUUCUGGUGGCGGGGGGCGGGGUUUACCUCCUGAUAGGACCUCAGCGGUUGUUGUCAAUGCUGCUGACGGAGGCACACACAAAAAUGAGCAAAAGGAGAAUGUAGUGUUGCCGAGGAAAGCAGGUUGUCGGGCUGUGAUGUACACAUGAUGUCAUUUCCUGAAUGUUGGCGGGCCUCAGAAAAGGAGACCAACAUGGCUGCUCUGAUUAUCCAACAGUCUGACAGGGGGAGUCAUGUAGAUCCUGGAUUCUUAGCUUUAGGUUUUUCAGUCAAACUCGUUGCAGCGAACAGCUCGUAUGAAGAUGAAAUGACUGAAUAUUGAUUUGUAUUGAAAACCUUGAGGAAGUGGAAGUUACUGUGAGGUCUAAAACAACAGCUCGUCAAACGUCUGCUUCGUUUUUAAAUCAGGGAGGCGAGCGAAAUGUGGAUAAAGGGUCAGUCCACUCAAAUACAAAAUCUUUGAAAGACUUCAGACUUGUGCCAACACCCUUGUCUUAAAGCAAAGCCUCAUUUCAAUCAGAGCAGCACGAAAACUGUCUUCUGUGAGUUAAUAAUAUACAGCUGUUGAAUUUUAAUGCACAAUCAUUGGGAUAGAAAUGAAAAAGUUGAGCCUUUAGACCAGUCUGCCUCGAUAUGCAUCGAAAACACUUUGUGCACAGACAGACUCCUGGAUGAAAUACUGUUACACCAUUAAAUACCUCUCUACUGUUAAUGCUAGUACACUUUUUGGAUGGCUAAAAAGUAAUUAAAAUACUGUACACUAGGGCUGGGCAAUAAACCGAACAUUUAUGACAAUAAUCGACGUCAUUUUGCCCGUGUCAGGAUAUUCCGUGUCAAAAAAAUAAAGAAAUAAAAGUUGGUCUUGGAUGUUUGUAGGUAGGCUAUGGUCUCGUGUCCCUUUAAGACGCUGUCCUACGUUGGUAACAAAGAGGGAAAGACAGGUGAGGAGAUGGAGGACGGUUCAAAAGUUGUAGCGGCUGAAGUAGACGAAGUAAAUGUGGGAGGGGGACGAGAAGUUAGUCGAGUAGUUAUCGUCCAUUUAUCUUUUAUUGAGGUGAACUGCUCGAUAUAUCGUGAUAUUGAUUUGAGGCUGUAUCGCCCAGCCCUACUAUACACUGAAUUACACUUUAACAGUUUCUGAUAUUAAUUCACCUCACGUUUUUAACAUAUAUUAUUUUGAAAAUCGGGGCUGGUGUCAAUAUGCAUAUUGAAAAAAAUGAUUGAUCUGCUGUUCAAAUCAGUCAGGCCAUCAUUACACCACCUCUGAGUGAGCAUACAUUCAAAUUCACCAAAUUAGUAGUAAUUUAACACACAAAAUUUUUUUUACAAAGUAAUUUCCUUCAUCAGCCUUUCAAUCACAAACCUUGUAGGGAGUAAUUCUCAGCACUCGCUCAGCACAACAAACAACCUCAUUCGUGCUCAUAAGUGCUGUUUUGUUACUGCUAAAUUAAAACAAUACAGAAAAUGACGGAAAAGAAGUCAAAUGAGAAACAUAUAUAUGUCUCUCUCUCUCUCUCUCCAGCUGUUACAUUUUUAUCUAUACUAAUUAUGUUUCCUGUGUUCUGGAAAGCAGAGACCUCACUGUUGACGUCAUGGGUACCAGCUGCCCAACAUUUCAUACACCAACCAGUGUAAUUGGUGAAUGUCACAUAAUCUGCAGAGAGUGAUAAUGAUACUCAGCUGAGAUAUUAAUGCAUCAAUAAUAUUCUUCUCAUGACUGAUUUGAGUGGACUGACCCUUUAAAAUCCAGUUUCUGUUGAGCUGCCUCUUUGCCCUGACAUAAAAGCUGAUUUGAAGUUGUUGUUGUCGUCACGAUCAAGAUUCAUUCUGUUGGAAGAGAGAUGACGUUUUAGGAUUUGUUCUAACAGUCUAACCUGGUAACACAUAGCUUUGUUUGAGUACGGUGAUAUUACACUUCUGCUCCUUUUCAAACCACAAAUUCAGCCUCCUUUAAACUGAUGUCAGCCAAUGUGAAACAUGAAUCUGCUGAGUUCAGAUUCCGGAUAUGCACAUCCACACUCAACUUCACUAAACAGAAGAAUAAUGUGACCGUACGCUUGUAGAGCAGGAAGCAGAAAGCUAAGCAGAGGAUUUUAUAUCAUGAGAAAUGAUGGAGGGUUUUACUGGAGCAAGGGCUGCUGGGUAAAAAGAAAGCAAUCCUCUUCAGACAGGCUGAGCUUUGUGCUGCUGCUCCGCUGGUUCUUUGUGCCAAAAGUGGCUUUGGUGUGUGUCGGUGGUGCGUGUUUGUCCAUGUGCCUAAAUGUUCUGGUAGGACUGGAGGAUGGGGUGUAUCUGUGUGUUCAAUAAACUUUGUUACAGGCUGCGUUCACAGCAAAGAUAUAAUAUAGUAUCAAAAGAUUUGGAGUUGCUGUGGAUGUAGCCGUCGACUCUCAGUACCUCAAACCUGAGACGACCUGAAGCUCAGCUCAGCAGAGUCGUCUGACGUUUGAGAAAUGGUGUGUGCAGGAGCACUGGGAGGUUUCUGAGGAUGAUGAGACUCUGAUACCAUCGGCAGAGGAGUGUUGGAUGAAUCAAGUCUCAGUUACUCAUGACGUCCUGUCCUCUCAUUGUCCUCUGAAACCUGCAGCGCUCAGAUUAACUGGUUACACUUGACCUCAGUUCCUGUUUAGUGUCCACUCUCCAGCCUCCACCAGCCAAUCAAAUGACUGAAUUCAAACCACACUACAAGACUGUAACCUGACACAACAUCACUCUGAUCUCCUGUCUGCAGGGUCCAGCGUUUCAAAUGACAGGUGACCAGAUUACAGCGGUCAGAUUGGAUCAAAUCUUUGCCGGUAGUCCAGUCCUGGUUUUUCUUUCGUUUGGUUAUGAUUGGGCUAAUUUUGAUAAUCUGGAUGAUCCCGAUCCCAUCAGAGGGUUGGGUGUGCAAGAACAAAAGAAAACUCAAGAAAAGCAAGAUUUUGUUAAGAUGAUAAAAAUCUUUUCAAAUCCUUUAAAAAGUUUUGCUCUUGAAUUGUUGAAUUGCCAUGACAGUGCAGAAACGAGACAUUUGAAUUUUACGAGUUUAAAGAUUUGGUUUUCAGAAAGUAUUUUCUCUCAAUAGCUGUAAACAUUAAAUUUCAUUGCAGGUAUUAGCGCCCUCUGUUGUAGAAGUAUAUAAUGCGCGCCUUCAUCUUGAGCACUGGUUAACUAUAUAAAUCCAAACCCAUUUUGAGUUGAUCCAGUCCAGUUUUCUUUAAAUAAACUUGAGAUGGACUCUCUGAUCCAGGAGGCCAAAAAAGUUGAUGUUCAAAUCUUGAUCAUUUUUACCCUUCAGGGCAGCCGGUCUUCUGUUAACCGGAUGUUUUUGUGAAAAACAAACACUAAAAUAUUUGGUAAAAGUUACAUUUGAACUUUGUUUUCAUGGAGGCUGGAGAGCUGAAGAGCUGGAGAGUGGACUGCAGAGAAUUGAACCAACCACUGUUGUUCUAAUAGUUGAAUCAAGGACGGAGCAGGCAGCAUGUCAAGAGAGCAGAGGCAACCAGACGCUUCUUAGUUAAAACUUCAAAAGAUGCAGCAACCCUGAUACUAUUAUUUUAACACCAGAACAUUGAAACGUUGCAGCUAAACCUGAACGAAAAAGUGAGUCAUGAAGAUUUCUGAUAUCCAAACUGCAUCAGUAUCUGUAACCUUUAAUCUGGAUCACAAAGUGACGCCUCAGUUUACUUCUUACUUUUCAUUUCACACAGCUGAACCUGCAUUUCAUGAUUGACGACAGACUGACUUUUACGGCUCCGAGUUGUCAGGCAGCUGCUUAAUCUAUAAAACAAACAGUCACAUUCAUUUAAUUUGCCUUUCAGAGGUACUUAUGAAUCAUGUAUUCAGAUUAAAUCCCCCAAAAUAGUUAGCAGCACUUUUUAUUUGCUGAAAUGACCUCGACUGUGAUCACCUCUUCAUCAAGUUGAGGUUUGAAAUUCAGCUCUCACACCUGAGAGAAAUUUAAGAAGAGAUUUGCAAACUGCACAGGUCUCUCUUUCUAGUGUCAGUCAUCAGAAAUGAUCUAAAAGGUAAAUCCUGAAAAUGCACUCAAACAGACUUAAAGAUUUCUAUCUGGAGAUAAAAAUUAACUUUUGUUUAGUUUUUCUCAAGUUGCAAUGUAAUCUUUUUAUCUUAUAAGACAAGAAUAACAGGUUCACUUAUUUUCUUCAAGUGGAUUUUUAUUCCUAACAACAAUACAGAACAAUCCUCAGGAGAACCUGGGUUUUGCUUUCUUCUGUAACUAAAAAAAGACUGAAAUUUAUUCAAAGACAGUUUAAUAUCACCCUCUGAACUCCCCAGAGGAGCUUUAACAGAAAAACACUGACAUGUUUAGAAAUUUGAGCAGUGCUGAGAGUCAUGAUAACGUGUCUUUCCUUUCAUGAUAAAGUGUUCAUCAUUAGUAUGGACCCUUAGAAGUAAAUAAUUCACAGGCAGACAGAAUAUUUUUAAGCACCAUUUUACAAAAUUCUGAGUAUAGGUGUUGUCCUGACCGCUCUGACCUGACUGAAAGAAGCUCUGACAGGUGAGCUGGUUUCUGAUUGGUUGGUUGUCUCUGCCUCCGCCUGCUGCCUGAGCGCCGUCCUGCAGAAACAUCACAGCACUGUGAUCCCUACAGAAAACUGCGUGUGUAAAUAACUGAGAGAAGAAAAUAUCUGAAAAUACAAAGGCGACACUGCUGUCUGGCAUUUUGUAUUUAAAUUAUUUAUUUUUGUAGAUUUUGACCGAUGAGCUCUGCUGUCACCGACGUCACAGUGGAGCUCUUUAUAUUGAAUAAACAUUUCUAAGUGACUAAAAACUCAAGUGUGUGUCUCCUCAUUUGUGUGUUCGUUUCAUUUCUGCUCAGAUAAAGAAAAUAAAAAGUCAUAUUUUCUGUUUUAACUGGAAGAUCUUCACGGAGACGAUCGAUGACUCAUGACUCCUCUGAAAGGCUGAUGGCUCUGAUGACCGACUCCAGGGCAGCUUCAGGUCCCAGAAUCCUCAGCAAGCUCUCAAAGGCCUCAUCAGCGCCUCCAAGGGCCUCAGAGGGAAACAACUGCAGAGCU